AUGUUAACGUACAUCAUCAUAGCUCUUAUUGCUCAUAGUUUUACAGUUGAAAGUGCCAUAAUAUGUGAAAAUGAACGCUGUGUGUGUCGCCACAACAAUGCAAGUGAUCGGGAUAUAAUUGGAGAAAUAAUAGACUGUUCCUACGAUCCUGUUGUGUUGGAAAGAGAAUUUGUUCUGCCAAAUACCGUUUAUACAUUGGAUUUGUCCAGAAAUAACUUAAGUAGUCUUUCACCUUCAAAUUUACUCAAAUCUAACUCUCUAGUGGAGUUGUAUCUUAAUAAUAAUAGAAUAACAGAGAUAUCUAACGACGUAUUGCGACUGCCUAAUUUAAAAAAACUGGAUCUAAGUGACAAUGACCUUAAAUACGUAGAUAAGGAUACGUUUAAACAUAUAAACAAAUUGGAAUAUUUAAAUUUAGCCAAUAACUGGUUUACAUCCUUCGAAAAAAUCUCCUUCCACCAUUUGGGCGAUUUAAAACAAAUUGUUUUGGACAACAACGAUUUGGGAUCUAGUCUCGAAGAGAAUAACUUGUUCGAUCGUAGCGGAUAUGGGCUGACUCAUAAAAUCCAAUCAUUGUCGAUAAGUGGAAUCAAUCUAAACCGCGUGCACGAGAAUUUCUUUAUUGAUGUUUACGACUUGAAACAACUUGACAUUUCUAACAAUAAGUUGGUUGAAUUGUUCGAACUGCCUUUUACGUUGGAAUAUUUAGACUUAUCCAGUAAUCCUAUUGAAAAAAUCUCUGGCGAGGAUUUUACAGAUUUAGUGGCUUUGAAGGAAUUGAAACUCAACAAUCUUUCAAUAAGAGAAAUUUCGGAAUACGUUUUUGAUUCUUUACAUGCUCUCACUAGUUUAGAACUCGAGAGGAAUAAGAAUUUGACAAAAUUUAGCGCUAUGGCUUUCGGCCAGGAUGUUUUGGAAGACGCUGACGACUUCACUUUAGAAAAGCUAUCAUUGAAAGGAUCAAGAUUGACAACAUUGGAUGAGAGAUUAAAAGUUCCAUUUGGACAGUUGAUAAAAUUAGAUUUGCAAGGAAACUUUUGGAACUGCGAUUGUAAACUUGUGUGGAUCAAGAGUUUACAAAUUCAGCCGAAAGAUUCCGAACAUUUGAGAUGCUUUACCCCCAAACCGCUAUACAACAGCCGCAUAUUCGACCUAAACGAGAGAUAUUUCUCUUGCAAAGCAGACAGUAGACACAUAGGCACAGUAAUCGCCAUAUCGUCUCUGUGCAUUUUCCUAACUUCAAUAGCUUUAUGGAUAUUCUUGUUCCUACCAAAAUAUCAAUCUAGAUGUAGUUUUAUUAGAAACAUGGCAAUACCAAGUGCAGAAUAUUCAGUGUUACCAGUAACAGCUAGCUUUCGAGACUUA